ACAUUUGAUAAUGAUGUGAAAUGGCCUAUAUAUAAAAUUGCCCUUCCAACCAUACUUAUUCACUUUUCACAUAUCAAAUGAGCUGCUGUGUUAUUUUUAUCUGAAUAUAGAACUAAUUUGCGAGUGUGGUGUAAAACCUCAUUGUGCUCAAUAAACAGAUGAAAGAUUGAUAUUUAAAGAUUUUUAGGUAUUCAGAGAAGGAGAAAACCCUAAAAAAUAUUGAGAAGAAACAUGGAACCAGUCAACCUUUUUGAACCAUCCCAGUUCAGAGAAAAAAAAGUCCGCAUUAUACUUCGGGAAAUGGAAGAACUUCUCAAUUUGGCAGAGAUUUUGAAUGUCCUCAACCUCGGACAUAACAUGGCAAUUCAAUCAGCCAUUUCAUUCGAGGAUUGCUACAUGGUGUGUAAAAAUUUAAAAAUGGGCAAAUUCCACUUGACCUCUUUCAAUACUAAUCCACAAGCAGGUCGAAAUGGUUUUUUGGGAGAACAUCACGAUAUGACAAUAGAAAUAGAAAAACAGGGAAGACAAAGUAAAAGAAAGUUUUUCCUCAAAGGUAUACCACACUGUGAAGCAAUGCAAGAAUUUGCUAAAACUGUAGGAUCAUUUUUUAAGGAAACCAUGUUUUAUUCCAGAUAUAUUCCAUUGCUGAAAGAACAUGGUAUUUCUGUACUGGAGAGAGUAGUACCAGAAUGUUACUUCGCUGAUGAAUGUAAAUAUAUCGUCCUAAAUAAUUUGAAAUCAUAUGGUUACACAACUUUAUCUCCAAGGCUAGAAAUGAGUAAUGAAAUCAUAUUAGGAGUAAUAGAAAUAUUAGCCAAAUUCAACGUAAGCUGCAUAAUUUUAGAAGAAUUAAUUGAAAGAAAAACUGAAUGUAAGUUCCGACUUCCUGAUAGAUUUGAGCGAGAACUCAAAGAAGCUUUUUUCUCUACUGAACCUAUCAUUGAGGCCCAUAGAAAUUCAGGGACAGGUGGAAUGGCAGCUUUAACAGAUAUAAUUAAUUUUAAUGAUGGAGUAGACCAAUCCAUAUUCAAAAUAUUAGCUGAAGAAGCGUGCAACGAACAACUACACUUCGCAAAACCUUCGAAAAAAUGGAGAAAUACCAUUUGCCAUGGUGAUUUUUGGACGAAAAAUUUCAUGAUAAAAUUUGAAGAAAACAGAGUGAAGGACGUAAUGAUGAUCGAUUUUCAAACAUAUCGAUACGCACCACCGGCGCAAGAUUUGAUGGCCUUCAUUUACUUAAACACUACUAGAGAAUUACGCCAGAAAUGUAUGAGCAAUUGGUUAAAUUAUUAUUACAAAGUAUUUUCCGAAAAUCUUCGCAUAUAUUCAAUCGACAUAAAUAAAAUUUUGCCUGAAAAUGAAUUCAACGAGAGCUGCAAAUUUUAUGAACAAUUCGCCAUAACUCAAUCAAUUACCCAUUUUCAAAUUAUUCUUGUUCCUCCUAAAAUCAUUGAUCCAAUAUUGGAAGAUCAGGCGAAGGCCAGGGAAAUUUUUUUCGGAAGUAGAUAUAAUUUAGUAAAAAUGGUAUGGCCAAUGGAUGAUGUUUACCGCAAAAGAUUAACAGAUUCAGUGACCGAACUGAGAAGAUGCUUGAUAGCAAAAAGUGAAAUGAAUUAGGAUAAUUCGAAAAAUGAUAAGACAAGAAAAUUAAUUUCGAUCAUGGGGAAAGACUUUCAUGCUUAUAUAUCGUAUUUUUUUGAUCAUUUGAAUCCAGUACCUAUAACGAGCACUUGUCAAGGGGGACUACUUCAGGAUUGGAAAUCAUACUUUUUUUUCAUGAAUAAUCAUAGGAUUUCAUGAAAAAUGUGAUUUAUGUUAUUUUAGGCAAUGUUAACUAUGUAAUUGUUUGAUUCAGCUUCAGAACUGCAGAAGACUCGAAGGUAGUAAGCAGUAGACCUGAAAAAAUUAUCAAAAGGAAUUGUUUGAAUGCCUAGAACCGUUUCAAGUACUAAAUAAUUAUUAUCAAUUUUGAAAAAUGCUCCUCCUGUUUAUUAAUAUGAAAGCUAAAUAAAUAAUAAAAUUAAAAUAUU